CCUAACGCCUUCCCUUCCAAUUUCUUUUCCCCAAAUUCAGUUCCCAGAAAAACCCUAGCUCAAUAUCUGUAUCCUCGGUGUUUUCCACGUUUCCUUGCUUCCAAAUCAAUCUUUAACCGAGGAUUCCUACCGAGAAUUUAACUUGCUCGAACGUCAGUUAUGGAGAAUGGACGGUGAAAACGGGAGGCGAUUGAACACAAAUAUUGCUAAUCUGUCAGACAACCGGAGCGAGAAGCCUACACCGCCUUUCCCAAUUGUGAAUUGUGAAAGAAUCAGCAUUAGUGAGACCAAGCAACAAGGAAAUGGAAGAAGCCCUGCCAAAAUUGCUCCGGUUGAACCCUCGUUCAGGCUGGAGAAACCCCCCAUUGCUGAUUCCUCUCCGGGAUCAUUCAAAGAUGUUGCUCGUGAUCCCUUGGUGCUGACUGAAUCCCCUGCCAUCCAAGUGAUGGAACGGCCAAAAGACUCUGAUCCCAGCACUGAUAGUCCAAACAGGUGGAGUCUUGAUUCGGGUGAUUCUUUGUUCAGCAUCCACAUGGAGAAUGACGGUAUCUCCAAGGAGCGUUUCGUUGAGUAUAAGUGGAGGCAUCGGGGAACUAUCCCUGUCGGAAGCAUAUCUGCCUCGAAUAUCUCCCAAGUCAGGGGAGUUGCAUCAAUCAGUAAAAUCAUCACACACUUCCCCUGCUGCAGCAAAAACCAUAGAGAAGUCGCAAAGGGACGUGAAAGAAGACGUUUCUCAUCAACCAACAUGUGACCCUCCCGAGGCUUCCAUAAGUAUCCACACAGACUCAAAUCUCUCGAGGUCCAAGGAUUCUUCAGUUCCUCCAUCGUGAGUACCCUUGUUCUUGAUUUGUUAUUUCCUUUCCGAGUAUGACUUAUAUGAGUUUGUUGUUGUUGUUGUUGUUGCACUACUGCUGCAGGAUGCGGACACGAAUAACAACCUUUCAAAUUU